UUCUCGUUCUUAACUGACGUUUUAGUUAAUUCUGCCUAAUAUAGUGACUCCGACGUAUAUGGCACUAUCCGGAUAACCUUGAGAUAACCUUGCACGUAGGCAUUCAUUUCGACGACCACAAUGGACAGCCGAAAGAUUGAGAAAGCAGUGCAGUCACACUUGGAGAAACUACAGGAGCGCAUGCCUCCCAUUUCCACCAUACCCCAGAUGCCCACAAUGCUUCGGGACUACGCGAAGCUUCUCAACAAAACUGCAUCGGAAGCGACCGCCAAGGCGUUGAAGUCAGCCAACAUUCCAUCGCUGUCCAGAGCUCAUCGCUCGCCCGACGAGCCGCUUAAGAUCGAGCAACACUUGGCUGCACUACAUGCGGCCAAUGGACGAGCCCAACGCGCCAGUUGGAACUUGUGCCAGCAUGCGUUUGAGGCACCGCACAUUCGAAUGGACUCUGUGAAUGAGUCCCUUACGUUCUCCAUUGAGAACAUUCAGGUCGGUUUCGAUUGCCCGGUGUGUUGGCCAGCUCAACGGCAAUCUUGCUUGUAGGAGGCCAUUCACGUGACGAAGAACGUGCAUCGCCAUUUCCGGGAUCUAGGCAACACUCUCUCUGACGAACCGUGCUUCUACCGCGCUGUAGAGAGCAAGACUGACGACAUUAACAAUUAAACUAACAACGUUCAAACACACAUUGAAA